GAGAGUCUCAAUCUCGGACGACCAGCCGGCGAGGGCGGCAGAAAGACACGCGCUCGUCUGGCCAAGGCUGCUGAGAACAGAUCGAGGCUCUAACAGACGAGCUGCCCGCAACGGCAUUGCGCCUGCAUAUCGAGCAUUGAGACAUCGAACCGACUCGCUAGCAGCACUGUUGCAUUCAAUUCGAAGCAUGGUCUUCGCUCUUCACCUUCAGCUGCGAGUUCUUGGCACGGAUCAAUACAAUAAUCUCUGUGCUAAGCACACCAUUCGCAAUGUCUUCGCCUGUCAUCAUACCAAUCGCUUUGGACUCGGAUGGCACCUAUAAGAUCCCUGUCCAGACUAGCGGCGACAGUCUGCCCUACAUCCAAAAUGACGAGCAUUUUCUAACCAAGGUUGCGGAAUAUUGGAUGAAGCAGCAGAAAGGUAGUGCCCCAAAGCCCGGCACUUAUCGUCUCCAACGUCUGCCCCCCGGUUAUUCUGGAUGGGAGAAGAAGCGUUCUACCGACGGCAAGCACACUGACAGGUGGAUGUAUGGUCACCCCAACGGCACGUUCCGCUCGAUCAUCGAAUUCUUUCCACACUUGAAGCACCUUCAGGAUUUCGGCGGCACUGUAGGCUGCCCAUGCAAACUCUGCGCUGGCACUGCGAGGAAGACUGCGCGUAGCAGUGGAAGCGGCUCAACUGGUAGUCCCGGUGAUCGAUCGAAUUACUUCCCUAUCGCCAGUAGCUCGAAAGCUGUGCCUUUCCCGGCCAAGCCGAAGGUGAAGCCGAAAAAAGUGAACCAUGAUCUCUCGAUACCGGAACGCGCCAAACAGGUCGAUAAAGAAGGUAUUCCUGAUAUCUAUCGGGACAUUCUAGACGUUGUGAAAGAUGCUGGACCCGAAGGUAUAGGGUAUCGGGAAUUCAAAGAUCGAUUGUCGCCGGACUGGCGUGCUGGGCACCAGGAACUACUGGACCUGCUCAUAGAAUGGUCGGAGUUACCGAGCUUCAUGCCACGCUAUGGUGAAGUGGUCCUUUUCACGCGCUCCAUCUCCCCGGACGAGGGCAUUGCUUGGGACACAUCAUCAAAUUGCUUGAGGCGAUGGGAUCUGAAAUCUAAAAUCUGGCUUGACCGGCCGAGAUGGGAGGCAGGGGUUGUUACUCAACUUCCUCUCGAGCCUCUAACAGCCGAUGAUCUCGAGCGGAUUCCUGAUGUGGAGAACAGAAAACAGGGCAUCACACUUUCAGGAUUCCGUGUAGAGCCUCUCAACCAACCGGGAUCGACCCUGAAAUCGAGCGGACAGCAUAAGUAUGUUCCGUUACACGCCAUCAGACCGUUCUCAUGCUGGAAAGAAUGUGUCGGCGCCUCAGAGGACGACUGGCAUCCAACCAUCAGGCAUGCCCUUACUGUUGCGAGCAGCUUCUGUGUGAUUGGCAAACACCUCUUCACAGGAAGCUGGCCUUCGGCAACCCUAUUUGUGAGAGGGUUGUAUAUUGGGGCUGAGCUAAUCCUGCUGGGCGAUGCCGUUCGCCUCACGCCUAACACCACUGAUGCUCGGCACGAGACGCCUAACACCACUGUGACCGAUGUCUUGGUGGUCUCAUCUCUCAGACUUCGCUUUGUAAACCUCGAGGAAGCUACCGAUGAUGACUAUGAUGAAAGCAGAUCAUAUAAUAUAUGUUUGCACGUCCUCGGAAAGGCAUACUCAUUGGAUCCUAAGCGCUCAUUCGGCGGCAUAGGCAAGAGUCCAGUGAGACAGGGCCAUACAGGAUUUCCAACUGGACUUUUCAAGUAUGGCACCUGGUUCCACGUCAACGACCCUACGAACGCCAAGGAGAGACUAGAAAUACCCUAUACUAAGGUGGUAGGCAAGUGCCUAGAGUACGAUACACUGCGAGCUUGGUUUUCGACUCCGCCCGAGAUGGCUUCGGCGCCAGCAUUCCAGGCUGUGAACACGAAGCGACCGACACUCUCACAUGGAUCGAAGGCCAUUCUUGAUGCCCGCGCCUACAGCUUGAAGCACGACAGCCGUAUUGACAAAGGAUCUGGCAAGACAUGGUUCUGGACAGAAACGCGCAUCGAGCAGCUGGACCUUCAUGAAAUUAACGGCCGAUUUGUUGGCGUCAAAGACGAGAACCGGACGAAUAAGCAGAUUCACGCAUGGAGACAGGCCUUGAAGGUGCUCGAUGGAAAGCGCGGGGGCGUAGAAGACUACCAGGCUGCUCUCAAGCUAAGAGAAGAUGAGAAGCGAGAAAGUAUGCCUUCAGCGUUCGGCAUGAUGGCGACGGCUGGGCAAGAGGACAGUGCCACCGACGCCGAGCAGCAGGGGCGAAUCGAGGCAAUGGACGUCGACGAAGACGAAGGCUUGGAGGAUGCGCUCGCAGCGCAGCUGGCUCCUAGUCCCGAUCAGGGGGAUUCCGAAAUGGAUGAGGACUUGAUGAUCCUGGAGUGA